AUGGCACAUCUUGUAAAGCUGGGAGCUUUAACAGAUGAACUUGUCACAUUAAUCACUUCCUUCUCCUCGCAGUCUGACUCUUCUAGGUUCAAUACUUGUCGAGAGACUGCUCUCCGAGCGCUGCGGCACAGUAAUUACAAUCGAACGAAUCAAUUUGAUGUUGAGGACCGACUUGAGGGGCUUGACGAAAAGUUUCGAGUAUACAAUGAAGACCCACUCGCAGAUGCGCUCAAGGAGCGUCUGCAAAAAUUGCCGGAAUUGGAGAUAAAAUGGUCAUCCGAAAUUCUACAUCUACUUCUCGAAUUAUCUAACAAGCCAGUUUCAAUAUCUAAGAUCGAAGAUCUAGAAUUGAUCAAAUUAGAAGAUCCCGAAACCGAACUCCCUUUGAAAUGGCGAGAUCUUGUGGCCGAGGAACCUUUACUGCGAGAAAAAAGUAUAUGGCGAAAUGUCGAUUUUGGGGCGGAUAGUUCUGAUGAUAACGAUGGUUUUGGGGAUACUCAAUCGGAACUGUCAGACUUGGCUGGAUCAACAGGAGAAUCGAGCUUGGAUGAUGAUAACGCAAGGAGGCCCCAGGACUUCAUUGUGAGUGCACUUGAGGAAGACGUCUUAAAUAAUUUAAGGAAGGCACAAUUUUGGCAGAAACCACCGAGUGUGAAUGGUGUCCAGCUGAAGACUGUUAGAAAGCCCGUCACUGAGCUCCAGGCCGCCCGAGAAGUUCUCUUCAUGUAUAUGGGAGCAUUGAGCUCUCUCUUUGAACCAGAAUCUCAUGAUGUUCGGUUCAUUAGACCUUCUAAAAGUUAUACUUUAAAGCAUUUGACUACAGAAGGUUAUGAUAUGUUAAUGGGGACAUUCGCAACUCAAGGUUCAGCAUUGGGAAUUCUUCGGGCCUGGGUAAAACAACUUCAAGAUGUGCCAUUGCUACAAGUUCUCCAAGGAUCUAUCUCUCAGCGGCUUAUGGACUUGGACACUAGGCUAUCUAAUAUCCAGAGCAGAUUUGUCGCUCCACCGAAAGAUGUCGUUGUGAGUCUUUUGAGUCUACAGAAUGAAGUAGCAGGAUGUACCAAGCCUCUUAACAGACUUGCCGACAUUAUCAAACGAGUUGAGCACGAUCCAUAUGCCCAUGCUUUUCGCUAUCUUGAAUUCUUAUAUGACGAAACUUGUACUUCUCAGAUGGCUGGAGACGAUGAUAUGUAUGCAUUUAUGGGUAAGCUUUUCUUUCAGUGCUUUCAAAUCUACCUUCGACCCAUACGAUCGUGGAUGGAGGAAGGCGAGCUCAGUAGUGGGGACAAUGUAUUCUUCGUCUCCGAAAUUACUGGAAAUGCAGACCCAUCUUCAAUUUGGCAGUCUCGUUUUAAGCUACGCAAGACUCAGGGUGGUGCUUUACAUGCUCCAAGUUUUCUUCAUACUGCAGCUGAAAGAAUCUUCAAUACCGGCAAAAGUGUUGUCGUCUUGAAACAGUUGAAUCAGUUCGAAUCUGUACGAUCAAAGAGGAAGAUAGAACCGAAGCUCGACUUUGAUACAGUAUGCAAUACUACGAAGUUUUUCUUGGCCCCUUUCUCCGAAUUAUUUGAUGUAGCUUUCGCAAAGUGGAUUAGAAGCAAGCACCAUCAUACCUCCAAUAAGUUGCGCAAAACUCUCUUCGACUCUUGCGGCUUGCAUAAUGCCCUCAAUGCCCUAGCUCAUGUCUACUUCAUUGCCGAUGGCAUUUCUUCGUCAAACUUCAUGUCAUCGAUUUUUGAUAAGUUAGACAGGUUAGAUUCUUCCUGGAAUGAUCGUUUUCCAUUGACAGAGCUAGUACAAAGUACAGUUGGCUCCCACCCAUCCAUAAUACCAGAACGACUUCGAUUGCGCAUUCGACCUCUUUCACAAAGGAGUCGAGAUAUCAACAAAUGUCGAAAAUCGGUAAAGGUCCUCUCCAUAAUCGAACCCAUAUACUACCUUUCAUGGCCCAUUCAAAUAAUCCUCACUCCACAAACAAUCCCUUCAUAUCAAAGAAUUUUUACCUUCCUCUUCCAAAUUCGUCGCAGUUCUCACAUUCUCUCUCGAGAACGUCUCGUCUCUGAUCGCCAUAAUCUAACCAGUACCACCGAUCAACGCUCUCUCUAUUACUCCCUCCGAACCCGUCUUCUCUGGUUCAACUACAAUCUAUACUAUUACCUCACAUCCUUAGUCCUUGAGCAACGCUCCCAAAAAAUGCACCAGGAUCUCCAAGAAGUCGAGGACAUCGAUGCUAUGAUUCGUGUUCAUACAUCAUUCGCUAAACGUAUUACGGAUGAAUGUCUCCUUGGCAGUAAACUCGAACUUAUUCAUAAAACUAUCAUCAAAAUACUGGAUCUGGGUAUUAAAUUAGAAGAUGCGCAAGCGGCAAAUGCAAUUGUGACUAAACAGGCAAUGGAUCAGCAGCAAGAAAUCAUGGAGCUUUCGUUAGCAUCCUUGGAUCUACCACCUACACCGCGUAAAUCGAAAAACAUGAGAGUGAGUAUGAGGAUGAGGACGAGUAUCGCGAAACAAAGAAACGAAGAUUCGGAGGACGAGACGGAGGUGGAUUUGACUAUUUUAUCACCAGGAAUGGAAGAGUGCAACGAAGAAUCGUAUGUGCAGAUGUUGGAGAGUAUGAAAGGAGAAUUUGAUAGGUUGGUUAGGUUUGUAGGGAGCGGGUUAAGGGGGGUGGCAAGGGCCGGUGGAGUAGAGGAGGCGAAAGGAUGGGAUGUGUUGGGGGAGAUGAUUGAAGGGGGUUUGGAUGGUGGGGGGCAUAGUGGGGGUUGGAGAUGA